ACACUGAUGGAUACGAAGUGGGUGACAUCGGAGUUGGCUUGGACAGCUCAUCCGGAGACUGGGUGGGAAGAAGUCAGUGGCUAUGACGAAGCCAUGAACCCCAUCCGGACGUACCAAGUGUGCAACGUCCGGGAAGCCAGCCAAAACAACUGGCUGCGGACCCAGUUUAUUGAGCGCCACGACGUCCAGCGUGUUUACGUGGAGCUGAAGUUCACCGUGCGGGACUGCAACAGCAUCCCCAACAUUCCAGGGUCUUGCAAAGAGACUUUCAAUCUUUUCUACUAUGAGUCCGAUGCCGACUCGGCCUCGGCCUCCAGCCCCUUCUGGAUGGAAAACCCGUAUAUCAAAGUGGAUACAAUUGCCCCCGACGAGAGUUUCUCCAAGCUGGAAUCCGGACGGAUGAACACCAAAGUGCGCAGCUUCGGCCCUCUUUCGAAGAAAGGUUUUUACCUAGCCUUCCAGGACCUGGGAGCUUGCAUGUCACUCAUCUCUGUCCGUGCCUUCUACAAGAAGUGCUCCAGCACCAUUGCGGGCUUUGCCGUGUUCCCUGAGACCUUGACGGGCGCGGAGCCGACCUCUCUGGUGAUUGCCCCGGGGACCUGCAUCCCCAACGCAGUGGAAGUCUCCGUGCCUUUGAAACUCUACUGUAACGGUGACGGAGAAUGGAUGGUACCAGUGGGAGCUUGUACCUGCGCGGCUGGGUACGAACCAGCCAUGAAGGACACCCAGUGCCAAGCCUGUAGCCCGGGCACCUUCAAAUCCAAGCAAGGGGAAAGCCUGUGUUCCCGCUGCCCCCCCAACAGCCGGACAAGCUCCGGAGCCGCCACCCUCUGCACGUGCCAGAACAAUUAUUUCCGAGCAGACACGGAUCUCCCGGACAGCGCCUGCACCACUGUCCCGUCAGCCCCUCGCAGCGUGAUUUCCAACGUGAAUGAGACGUCGCUGGUCUUGGAGUGGAGCGAGCCCCGGGAUUCCGGAGGCCGGGAUGACCUGCUCUACAACGUGAUCUGCAAGAAGUGCAGCGUGGAGCGCCGCCAGUGCAUGCGCUGCGACGACAACGUGGAGUUUGUCCCCCGCCAGCUGGGCCUGACCGAGAGGCACAUCUACAUCAGCAACCUGAUGGCCCACACCCAGUACACUUUCGAGAUCCAGGCUGUGAACGGCGUCUCCAGCAAGAACCCCCAGAACCCCCAGUUUGCCUCGGUCAACAUCACCACCAACCAGGCAGCGCCCUCGGCCGUUCCCACGAUGCACCUGCACGGCAGCACAGGCAGUAGCAUGACUCUUUCUUGGGAGCCGCCGAAACAGCCCAAUGGGAUCAUCCUGGACUACGAGAUCAAGUACUUUGAGAAGCAGGGCCAGAGCGAUGGCAUUGCCAACACCGUCACCAGCCAGAAGAACAUGGUGCGUUUGGAAGGGUUGAAGCCCAACUCCGCCUACAUGGUGCAAGUCCGGGCACGCACCGUGGCCGGCUAUGGCCAGUACAGCCUCCCGAUGGAGUUUCGGACGCCGGUGGAAGAUGGCUCCAGUAGCAGGAGCUUCCAGGAGUUGCCUCUUAUUGUGGGAUCGGCUACAGCAAGUCUUGUCUUUGUGAUAGCUGUGGUGGUCAUCGCCAUCGUCUGCUUCAGAAAGCAACAGAACAGCAGUGACUCAGAGUAUACAGAGAAGCUACAACAGUACAUUACUCCAGGGAUGAAGGUUUAUAUUGAUCCUUUUACCUACGAAGAUCCCAACGAAGCCGUUCGGGAGUUCGCCAAAGAGAUCGACAUCUCUUGCGUGAAAAUUGAAGAAGUGAUCGGAGCAGGUGAAUUCGGGGAGGUUUGCCGGGGGCGCCUCAAGCUGCCGGGCCGGCGGGAGAUCUUUGUGGCCAUCAAAACGCUGAAAGUGGGCUACACGGAACGUCAGCGGCGAGACUUCCUGAGCGAAGCCAGCAUCAUGGGGCAGUUUGACCACCCCAACAUCAUCCAUUUGGAGGGGGUGGUCACCAAGAGCCGUCCAGUCAUGAUUGUCACAGAGUUCAUGGAGAAUUGUGCCCUGGACUCCUUCCUACGGCUGAACGAUGGGCAAUUCACGGUGAUCCAGCUGGUUGGCAUGCUGCGCGGCAUUGCUGCCGGCAUGAAGUAUCUUUCCGAGAUGAAUUACGUGCAUCGGGACCUGGCAGCGCGCAACAUCCUCGUCAACAGCAACCUAGUGUGCAAAGUGUCAGACUUUGGGCUUUCUCGCUUCUUGGAGGAUGACCCUUCGGACCCCACGUACACCAGCUCCCUGGGCGGCAAGAUCCCGAUCCGGUGGACAGCUCCUGAAGCCAUCGCCUACCGCAAGUUCACUUCCGCCAGCGACGUCUGGAGCUACGGGAUUGUCAUGUGGGAGGUGAUGUCGUACGGCGAGCGGCCUUACUGGGACAUGUCCAACCAGGAUGUGAUCAACGCCGUAGAGCAGGAUUACCGCCUCCCGCCUCCGAUGGACUGCCCCACGGCACUGCACCAGCUUAUGUUGGACUGCUGGGUGCGGGAUCGUAACCUUCGCCCAAAGUUUGCACAGAUAGUGAACACGCUGGACAAGCUCAUCCGUAACGCAGCCAGCCUGAAAGUCAUCGCCAGCGUGCAGUCUGGCGUGUCUCAGCCACUCCUGGAUCGCACUGUCCCGGAUUACACAACCUUCACUACUGUGGGCGACUGGCUUGACGCUAUCAAAAUGGGACGGUACAAAGAGAACUUUGUCAACGCCGGCUUUGCCUCCUUCGAUCUGGUGGCCCAAAUGACAGCAGAGGAUCUGCUCAGGAUAGGAGUGACGCUAGCAGGACACCAAAAGAAGAUCCUCAGCAGCAUACAGGACAUGAGGUUACAAAUGAACCAGACGCUGCCGGUUCAGGUUUGACGGCGGAGGACACUGGUUUUGGAACAGACCUACUUGGGUAUCUCCCUAGAAUUCUCGUUUGUGGUGCUACCCAGCUUCCAGAAACUGGGGGAGAGGGAUCUUCUCCCUCCUCCUCCCCUCCCGCCCCCCCACACACUUAUCUUUGCGUGGCUUCUUGGCUUGUCAGCAGACCUGCGGUGAAACAGACUAGGAUGCUCCUAGCUUGAAAUUAAAGACACUCAAGGGGGGAUAGGGGUUAGGGAAGGGGCCCGAAGGAUCCCUGCUUUCUAUUUUCCUUUUUUUUCCUGUUUUGCUGGUGCGUGUUUUGAAUGGUACGCCAGCAAUGCGAAGUCUUCAUAUUGAAGACAAGAUUAAUGCAGGGGCGAGAGGGGGGCUUCUGCCCUCUCUUCCCUUCCUUUGUCCCCCACCUUCACUGGCCCUGAGGUUCAUCGUCGCCUGCUGCCUCUCACCCGCGCCGUUGGCAUGGACUCUUCCGGUGUCUUUGGGCGUCUCUCUCCCGGCGCUCGCAAGCGAGUCUUCACGGGGAGGGUGACUUCCCAUCCUCUAUCUUGGCAAAGAGGGAAGAGGUCAUUGAACGAAGGAACACUGCUAGUGCGGCACCUCGUGAGCAAGAAGGGGAGGGCGGGAGAUGCAGCUGGGCAUUCCCACCCCCUCUAUGCAGCCUGAGACAGUGCAAUGCACCCGGCCGGCUCUCCUUGGGGAGACGGCCAAGAAAUGCCCGUUGGGGAGACGGCGGUCGGUCCACCUGGACCUGGCACUUCGGAACUAUAAAGCCAUGCCAGGGGUGGAAGAGGAGAGUCUUCAGCUGCUUGUAUUUUGUGAGCUCAGCGUUUCCAGAGGCCCAACCGCACGAGUUUGCACAGGGAUCACACACGGACAGACAAACGGACGGACAGAUGCACACAAAAGGCCUGCCCAGCGGGAUUCAGGAUCCGGGAGAGAAGGAAAGGCUCGGCUGAGUGAACGAGCGUCUGCUACCCCUCGCGUCCUCCCCGAUCUCAUGUUUUAUGCAGGAAGGAGCAGGCUCUUGUCAGCCGCACCGCCAUCUCUGCGGAUACGUUCCUUGACACACGCUGUGAUUGCUGCCAAAAAAAGGACUGGAACACGUUUUUAAUUUUUAUUUUAUUUUAUUUUUUGGUUCUUUCCUUUCGUCGCUUUCUUCCCGAAGGCCGCUGCAGCCCUGAGCCGAGGGGGACGAAGGGGGGGAGGGAGGGGUCGCUCCCCUCGUGGAGCUGGCGAGCUUGCAUGUGUAAGAGUGCGUGUACUGGCCAUCUGGACUUUGCUGGAGGGCAUGGGCAGA